AUGGCCAUGUCCGAUACGACCCCACUUCUCAUUCCCUCACAGACGUCCUCUUCUGUCACCGUGACAAGUCGCUCGAGUGCAGACCUAUAUCGUCGUCUCCAAGCCUGUCUCGUUCCCGCAGACUCCCCACGUUCAAAGUUCUCAAACUGGUCAAGAACGUUCGAGUGUACACCACUAGCAGUAUUCGAACCUUCUGACGUCGACCAGUGUCGAUUAAUUUUCCAGUUGGCUCAUCUAGAAGGCCGUAAUGUUCGCAUUGUCGGCGAAGGGCUAUCGCCCAGCGAUUUGGCAUGUACCUCCGACUUUAUGCUUCGAACCAGUAGAUUAAACAAGUUGAGAGUGGUCGACACAGAGAAGCAGUUCGUGGUGUGCGAUGGUGGAAUCAAAUUGGAGGAUCUAGAACGUCA